GUCAGCUGUGAGAUAUCUUACUGCUUUGAAAUACCUGAACAAUGGUGGUGGGGAAUCACGACAGUACCAAAAAUAGCUAAAAUUUCGGAUUUUACGAUUACGGCAACUGAACUGUUAACAAUAAAUUUAAAAAAUAUUUAAAAGACGUACUGCUGAAGCGUUCCUUAUUUCAUUUACCGAGAGAGAAGAGACGAAAUGCCGAAAAAUAAGCAGUGUGCCGAUGAAUUCACAACGUGGCUGCAUGGCCAACUUAAGGAGCUCAAUACCGAUCCAGACGUGUUUGGUACCUAUAUUAUAGGUAUACUUGACGGACAAGAAACACUGGAAGAAAAGCGUGAAGCGCUCAAUGAUAUACUUAGCGAAAUUAUUCCCGAUGAUCUCGAUACUCUUUUAAGUGUAAUAUUUGAAAAAUGGGAUGCAACGCAUCCGAAGGAGGAGGUAAAGAAGUCUGUACACAUUGAUGUGAAUGAGCAGUUGGCCAAAUUGUUAGAGGCACAAAAGAUUCAAACGAUCGUAAAGGAACGCGAAUACACUGAGGAAGAACGACGAAUACGAGAGCAAAUUUUGGCGCAAUACUCGCAGACAGAAGUUAAUGACGAUGAUGCCUACGACUCGGAGGAGGAGUCUGAAAGAACGAAUGCAACUGCUGUUGCGGCCAGCUCGUCAAAUAUAAUUGAACGUAAUACCAAUGUGCAGGAUGUAAUGGCAUUGCAAAAAGAAAAACGAGAAAUGGCGCGUUUGGAGAGCGCAGCAAAGAAACAAAAGGAUAAAGAGGAUAGGGAGCGACAAAGGCAACAGCGUGAGGAAAAGAAAGAAAAACGCAAAACUGUAAAAGGCGAACGACGGCGGUAGUUGCAUGGUGAAGAAAAUUGUUUAUGCAUUGGUGGAAAUUCUUUCUGCUUUGUCACAAAUUGCAUGUAACGAUUUUGAUGCAAUAAGCCUAUUUUUUUUUAUGAUUGAUGUAAUGGCCUGUAAGCCGUGUCAGGCCAGUUCUGCAUUCCGAUUUGAAUUUAAAAACCCAAAAUGGUACAAUACACCUUUUGAAAUAUUCGAUCGGAAUGACAUAUUGAUUUCUAUUCGGAGCAAAUUUUUCAGAAUCGAAGUGCAGAACAAAGCUGAAAAAACUAUCCUUUGAUUGAAAUUAUAUUAGAUUUAUAUACAUAUCUUUAAGAUAUUUCAUUUCAAACUUGUUUCAAAUUUUUUCACAUGUUUUUCUGAAUUCACUGAAUCUAUCGUUUGAGUAAAAAUCAA